ACAUGGCCGAUAGAGAUCAACCAGGACAGAAUUAUAGUUACACACUCUAUGAAAGCACGACAGUCACCAUGGAACGGGUCUGCACUUUACCUCUAGAACAUGGAGUUGUUCUGAUUGUCACUAACGCCCUUCUCUCAAUCGUUGGAACAUUUGGAAACAUGCUCAUUAUCAUGGCUGUUCUGAACACACCUCGACUUCGACAGAAACCGUCCAAYUUUYUYCUCUUGAGUYUAGCAGUAGCAGAUUUGUUGGUGACGAUGGUUGCGCAGCCGUUAUUUGUCACAUCGAUGUCUUUCCAAGCUUUUGCUAAUCAGUGCGUCGAUGAAAUCGAUUUGAUCUACUUUAUUACAGCACCAUUAGCGGCUUGCAGCUCGGUUUUUCAUCUCGCUGCAAUCAGUAUUGACCGUGCUGUCUCUGCUCUCAGGCCUCAUAAACAUCAUCAUAUCAUAAAGAAAGGUCUCAAGGUGAUGCUUGUCGUUUGCUGGGGACUGGCUGCUGUUGCUGUCUGCAUUCUUGUAUUAUACCAUUCCGCGACCUCUGCAAUAUAUAUAACUCUACUUCUGUGUCUUGUUGUUAUGAUUGGUGCAUAUGGGAUGAUCUUGUACAAGAUCUGCUUAUCAAACCACCUUGUACACGUYACUUCACGUGCUGCACGAGAGAGAGCCAUGGAAAAGCGAGUCUCAGGAACUGUUGCAAUCAUCAUCGUGUUGUUUGCUAUCUGCUGGAUUCCUCUCAUUGCAUUCCAUUUGUUCAGACCCACAAGCCUUACCACCACAUACUGGUGGAUUCGUACUCUUUACUUGGCCAACUCUUCCAUGAACUUCAUCGUCUACAGUCUAAGAAUCAAACAAUUUCGUUCCGCUUACCUGAAAAUCAUCAAUAAAUCCCUGCAACGAUUUGGUGAAAUGCUCCCCGAGAAAUGCCGCUGUCARUGCCUCUAUGCUAUUUACGAUCGUACCAGGACCAGCUCUCAAAGUACACAAAACACACCCGUAUCUCCUAACUCGACCGGGGUAACCUUUCAGCUUGCCGUUUCACCAAAAGAUGAAAAAAAAGAGUAGAAGCCCUGGACAUGUAGAGCCAGCUAAGAGAUGCGAAAGAGCUAUAAGUCUUCAGGAUUAAAAGAAUUCAGAAAAUAGAGACAUUUGGAUUCAUAAGCGCAUGAGAAAUCAUCACAUGUGCGUUAUUAUAACUUUUGUAGAUAUGUUGAUUAAUAUAACCCGCGAAUAGUUUAUAAAAUUAAUUGACUAUCGUACUAAUGUUUUCCUGUACGGUUGCCAUCUUGAAGAUGAYAGAUACCUGUGAAUAAUUGUCUGUAGGUGUGAAGGAAUGUUUCUAUCAUCGCACGCUCAACCGUCGUGUCUCGCUUCGAUGAAAAGGCACGGCUACCUUUCAAGAUGGCGCAGGGAAACAUCGAGGAGACUAUUGGUAAAAAUUGCAUUGAAUUGUAAAUCUUAAAGGUAAAAUACUAUUACAGCGUUUUCAACAGCAGUCUGCUGAAUGCUACAAAGUCUUAAAUUUUCUAUUACUAGACAAACGAUUCGAAAAAAGAUGUAAAUAUAGAGAAAGUACGCUAAAAAGGUGAUAAUAUCGCGGUAACUUACCUUCGCCGGAAUACACAAAGAUAUUGAUAAAAACAAACCACGAAAAGGAAACACAUUUUACCAACAUGAAUUAUACUCUUGCCAUGUGAUUGAAUUCAUAAGAAAUUCCUCGUUCUAAUAAAUAUUGUGACCACUAUUC